AUGGUUGUGGGAAGCGGGUCUUGCAAUGAUCCAGAUGAUGCUUUGGGUCUAGCUCACUUGUGUGAGCAUAUGCUCUUCCUAGGCACCAAGACUUCUCCCAUGCCUAAUCAGCUUGAUCAGAUAGUGUCUUCCGCAGGCGGGUUCACCAAUGCAUAUACCACGAUGGAGCAGACUUGCUAUCAUUUUGAAGUCUCCUCUUUUGCUAAAAUGAGAGACGAGAGGGUUUUCAUUAUUGACAGCGUCCUCGACAUUUUUUCUUCCUUCUUCAAGUGCCCUUUGUUCAAGGAGAAGUUCAUCAAAGGAGAGAUAAGAGCUGUCGAUGAAGAGCAUAAAGGAAACACCAAUAACACCGACAAAAUACUAUUUCAUGCAUUGCGCUCACUUGCCUCUCCCAAUCAUGUGUUUCACCGAUUUGGCACCGGUAAUAAGGCAACUCUUAGUCAAAUCAGUCCAAAAAGAUUACAAAGAUACCUCCGAGCUUACUUCCAGAGAUUUUAUCUUGCACGCAAAAUGGCUCUUGUCAUGAAAGGACCCCAGUCAAUCAAUCACCUCAAAAAACUAGUUGUCGCUCAUUUCUCGGAUAUUCCCAGAUCCUCACUCGACCACGUUAGGUUAUCUAGACAGUCAUUUACGUCAGAUCACGACAUCUACUUCAGCCCACAGCUCUACGGGUACUUGGAUACCCCAAUUCUUCAGCCUGAUAUCAAAACAGUGCUCCUCAAAGUAGCUAAUACGUCCAGGGUGAGAUUAUGUUAUCCAUUACAAACUAUUGUGGACCUACCGAACUACCGUCGCAUUGGCAACCUCCUUUGCAAUAUAUUGGGAGACGAAUCCGAGAACUCCUUAUGUGAAUACUUGAAACGAAAACGCCAAUGGGCUACUGGUGUUAUGGUAUUGGUACAAAAUACCAUCUUUAAGGACGAUCUCUUGCUUGUCGACAUCGACGUUACCCCAACUGGCUUGAGAAAUCUUCCGCAAGUUGUCGAUACUCUUCACUAUUAUAUCAAUUACAUUGUUGUGAGAAGCUCUCCUAGAGAGCUCGAGUCAGUGAUUGGAGACUACAGCUCAGUAGAGGAUAAAUGUUUCAUGAACCGCGAGACUGCAACAACAUUCGUUGACGAGAUAUGCGAUUAUGCCGAGAGACUUGAGAAGGGCGGGAUAUCCUAUCCAGAUUUGAUUCGAGGAUACGCAGACUGGACUGAUGGAGGUUCCAGUAUCAAGGUGGUACAUGACAUCCAAAAGGCUGCAAUCCAGUGCUUUACAGAGGAGAACUUGAGAAUCGUUGUGGCUCACGAGGACUUAUCACCAUUAAGUCUUUUUACGCUAGACCAGGCCUCCUACGUGACCGCCGUGGAUAAUUAUUUUCAAUAUGAAUUCACAAAAGUUCUCAACAGUGAGAUGGUCACUUUCAUAAAUCCGGAUCUCAGCUUGAAUUUGGAGCUUCCUUGUAUCCCCAAACCUUUGAAAGAGCUGAUUAGCGAACAACGGAUGACAAAGCAGUCCGAUGUCGGCUAUAUAAGAGGCUUGGAGACCGCUGCAUCCGAACCUUCACUAACCAAAGUUGAUAGCUCCUCGGAGAUAUGGAGGGUGAACAACGAAGGGCCAGAUGCUGACGCCUCUCGCAUUACCUUACACAUUGUUUUCAGAGAACUCGACAGUACAGCGAAGAAUCUUGUGGGAAUCGAAAUUCUUACAGAACUAAUUGGAGAGGAGCUCAAAUAUGGAUUGUACCAUUACGAGUUAGUGGGGACCUUUUGGGGUAUAUUUGCCAACGUAAACGGUGUUCCGUCUAUCUUACUAUCAGUCAACGGAGCAAAAGAGAGUGUUAUUUUUGUGUUUCAAGCAGUUUUAUCACGGCUAAGACAGUUUGGAGAAGGCUCUUAUGCAAGUGACUACCAAAGAUUCAAGAAAGCCAGGGUGAGGACCAGAAAGAGAAUUGAGGAAACUCUUCAAGCAUCUAGUAUACGAAAAGUCUUCUCCGCAACCUACCUUAUUCUUGAAGAGGGGCUCACUCUUCCUGAGGAGAAGUUAGAUGCAUUGGAGCUACUUGAUGAAACAGAUCUUGCAAUAAUCUCAGAGAGGUUGUUGAAAGCUGCUCCCUAUAGCCAACUUCUAAUGGACGGAGACUUCAAUGAUCAUGAGUGCUUUUACCUUCCGGAGUCAGCCAUCUUCCACAACGGAACAAACAAAGACGAACAUUGCAACAAUAGCUCUAGCAGGUUGAGCUACAAAAUACCCAGUGGACACAAUAUUUCAUUUCCUUUAAAAGGAGACGAAGACGAUACGGCAAAUACCGUCUUGUACUUUAUUCAGCUUGGUGAUCGAAGCGAUAACGAAUUGUACUCUUGGGCCAAACUUUUCGAACAUUUACUUUCAUAUACUGCCCUAGACGAACUCCGCACGAAUAGGAGACUAGCUUACAACGUCUUCACCGGCACAAAGUUCCUUCGUCGUACCUUCGGAAUACACAUAACCAUUCCAAGUGGGGAACAUGACUGUCAAAAGCUUUCGGAUGAGAUAGAGAGGUAUUUGGGGCUUCUCGAGAGCCGAUUAGAGGGGUACACAGAGAGAGACUUCCGAGAAGAAAUACUCGAACCAUUCCUCCAGACCUUGACGCAAUACUCCAACCAUAUGAAGACACCCUCUGGGCUAUUCAUGUCUCUACAGCCGCUGCAAGGAUCUGGUGAUAAACCCGAGAAUCGUGAAUUUAUGACUCACUGGAGUCAAGUUGAUCAGAUCAUCAAUAGCACCUACCGCUUUGGGGGUACCGAAUGCGAGGAACCCAUCGACAAGGCAUUUCUUCAGUCGCUUACCUUAAACGAAUUCCUUCGAUAUGUCAGGAAAUAUGUUUCCGUAAAAUCGCCGCAUCGGUCUUGUCUCAUUGUUGCUAAUGCUGCAGGGUCCCAGCUGUACCAAGCCAAAAAGUCGCAGUUUGCAGCCAUGAUCUAUAGCCAGCUUCAAGAGCAAAACUUAAACAUCACACAAAAGCAGGUGGACGAGCUUUUGGGAGAAUGCAAGGAUCAAAAAGAUUUCAGUGACAUUUCGGUACAUCUCAAGCGGUAUUUCAAGGAAAUUUCCGUUACACUCGAGGAGCUCAGCAAUGGGCUCGACUUUGCGACGCUUGAUAAGGCAUUUGGACCCGACUCCCUCGGCAUCAUCAUCGUGAAAAACUUGCCAGACCACUUUCUUCAAUUGAGAUCGAAGGUGCUUGAGAGCAUCUCCAAGUUAGCUACCUUACCUGAGGAAGAGCUCAAGAAGCUUGAGCUGCCUGAGUCCAUGUGGCUCACGGGCUGGUCCUGUGGCAAAGAGGUGUUGAGCACCACGGGGGAGCCCGACUUCAACAAGGGCUCUUAUUACGUGAACUGUGCGUUCUACAAGGACGACAAGCUUGAGGGACCUGAACCACAGCUUGUGGAGAAAUUCAGCGACUUCAAAACUUAUGUUCUGCCCAACGUCUGGCCCUCCGAGAAGCUCCAGGGUUUGGAAACAUUUAAAGCAGACGCGAAGCAGUUGAUCAAUCUUAUCAUCAGCACGGCUGCGAAGGUUGCAAAUAACUGCGACAGCUACAUUAGCAGACACGACGAAAAGUACGAACGCAAUUUCUUGCAGCGUAUCAUCAAGGACUCCACCUGCACCAAGGCCCGUCUUCUCCACUACUUCCCCAACACAGGGGAGAAAAAGGCCAAUUCCGACGAUUGGUGUGGUGAGCACCUUGACCAUUCCUGUCUCACAGGCCUAACAUCAGCGCUCUUUUUGGAUGAGUCCAGUGGUGAUGGCAAGGCCUUGCCUAAGCUGCCCGACGCCGAGGCAGGCUUGUACAUAAGAAACAGACACGGAAACGUUCUGAAGGUGAACAUUCCAAAAGACUGUCUUGCUUUCCAAAGUGGGCUGGCACUCCAGGAGAUCUCCAAGGGUUUCUUCAAGGCAGUGCCCCACUACGUCCAGGGCACGAGCAUUCCUCAUAUUGCGAGAAACACCUUGGCGGUAUUUUGCCAGCCUGAUUUGGAUGAAAUGGUCAACGAUACCGAAAACUUUGGCCAGUUUGCCGAGAGAAUUGUAACCGGGAAUCACUGA